GCCUUAUAUACACUGCACACAUGAAGCAGGAAUCAGACGCAUAGGAAGCUUAUACUGACUUCAUAAACUGAACUCCCAUCUAAAAAGCAACUUCACAGCCACAGCCAGGACCUAACAUUGACUCAGAAGAAUAAAUAAACUGCAUUUCUGCAGAAAGUGCACAAUGAAGGAGGGUAUAUUUCUACUCCUGAUGUUGGUUAUUGCCCACACAGACCAAGCUACAGAGUCCAGAACUGAUGAUAAUAGUGUGUUUGACCUCUUUGAACUUACUGGAUUCAAUCGCAAAUCUAAUUCUCGAAGGCCUGAGGGAGUACAUUUAGUGAAAGGCCCAGACCCCUCAAGCCCAGCUUAUAGAAUUGAAAAUGCUGAUCUGAUUCCACCAGUUCCAGAAGAAAAGUUUCAAGAUCUGUUAGACGCCAUUCGUUCGGAAAGGGGAUUCAUUUUGCUGGCUACUUUGCGCCAGGUGAAGAAGAGCAGAGGAACACUUUUGUCUGUUGAGAGGAAAGAUGGGAAUGGGCAUGUGUUCAGUAUAGUAUCUAAUGGAAGAGCUGGCACUCUGGACUUGAGUCUCAGUGGUGAGGGUAAGCAACAGGUGGUGUCUGUAGAAGAUGCUUUACUGGCAACCGGCCACUGGAAGAAUAUUACGCUGUUUGUGCAAGAAGAUCGGGCACAGCUCUACGUAGGAUGUGACAAGAUGGAAAAUGCUGAACUGGAUGUACCUAUACAUAAUAUUUUCACCGGAGAUCUGGCAAGCACUGCCAAGCUCAGAGUAGCAAAAGGAGGAGUAAAAGACAACUUUCAAGGAGUUCUUCAGAACCUACGUUUUGUUUUUGGAACCACAUUGGAUGCCAUCCUGAGAAACAAGGGCUGUUCCAGCUUGUCAAAUUCAGUCAUCACUUUGGAUAAUCCAGUGAAUGGCUCAAGUCCAGCGAUCCGAACCAAUUUUGUUGGUCACAAGACAAAAGACCUUCAUGCAGUGUGCGGCAUUACCUGUGAUGAUCUGGCUAACAUGUUUCUGGAGAUGAAAGGUUUACGAACAAUGGUCACUGCACUUCAAGACAAAGUUCGCAAAGUGACAGAAGAAAAUGAACUAAUUUCUAAAGUAGUGAAAGUCACACCUGGAGUGUGUAUUCAUAAUGGGGUUACACAUUUAAACACAGAAGAGUGGACUAUAGACAGCUGUACAGAAUGCACAUGCCAGAAUUCAGCAACAAUUUGCAGCAAAAAGUCCUGUCCUUUGAUGCCUUGUACAAACGCUACAAUUCCAGAUGGCGAGUGCUGUCCAAGGUGUUGGCCAAAUGAUUCUGCCGACGAUGGUUGGUCUCCGUGGUCUGAUUGGACAGCCUGCUCUGUGACAUGUGGCCACGGUAUUCAGCAAAGAGGACGAUCAUGUGACAGUUUGAAUAACCGAUGUGAAGGCUCUUCAGUCCAGACAAGGUCCUGUCAUAUCCAGGAGUGCGAUAAAAGAUUUAAACAAGAUGGUGGUUGGAGUCAUUGGUCUCCUUGGUCUUCAUGUUCAGUCACUUGCGGAAGUGGUCAUAUCACAAGAAUCCGCCUUUGUAACUCUCCUGUCCCUCAGCUGAAUGGCAAACAGUGUGAAGGAGAAGGAAGAGAGAACAAGCCAUGCCAGAAGGACCCAUGCCCAAUUAAUGGACAAUGGGGACCGUGGUCACUGUGGGACACCUGCUCUCUAACUUGUGGAGGUGGUGUGCAGAAACGUGCACGUCUUUGCAAUAACCCAGAGCCUAAAUAUGGUGGUAAAGAUUGUCUUGGAGAAGUUGUUGAUAGUCAGUUGUGCAACAAGCAGGACUGUCCAAUAGAUGGAUGUCUCUCAAAUCCUUGCUUUGCUGGCACUAAAUGUACCAGCUUCCCUGAUGGGUCCUGGAAAUGUGGUGCCUGCCCUACAGGUUAUAGAGGAAAUGGAAUUGAAUGCAAAGACGUUGAUGAGUGUACAGAGGUUCCAGAUGCUUGUUUUACUCUCAAUGGGGUGCACCGCUGUGAGAACACAGAACCAGGAUAUAACUGUCUGCCCUGCCCUCCACGUUACAAAGGAACACAGCCAUUUGGAAAAAGCAUUGAAGAUGCAACAGCAAACAAACAGGUUUGCAAGCCACAAAACCCUUGCACAGAUGGAACCCACGACUGCAACAAGAAUGCAAGAUGUAUCUACCUUGGUCACUAUUCUGACCCCAUGUAUCGAUGUGAGUGCAAACCUGGAUAUGCAGGAAAUGGAAUCAUUUGUGGUGAAGACACAGACUUGGAUGGAUGGCCAAAUGAGAACCUUAUAUGUGUUGAUAAUGCUACAUACCAUUGCAAAAAAGACAACUGCCCCAAUCUUCCCAACUCUGGCCAGGAGGACUAUGACAAGGAUGGAGUUGGUGAUGCUUGUGAUAAUGAUGAUGACAACGAUGGUAUCGUAGACGACAGGGACAACUGCCAGUUUAUAUAUAAUCCAGCACAGUAUGAUUAUGACCGUGAUGAUGUGGGAGAUCGUUGUGAUAACUGCCCCUACAACAAUAAUCCAGACCAAGCUGACACUGAUGCCAAUGGAGAAGGAGAUGCUUGUGCUGUGGAUAUUGAUGGGGAUGGCAUUCUAAACGAGGCUGACAACUGCCCAUAUGUGUACAAUGUAGACCAGAGGGACACAGAUAAGGAUGGAGUUGGAGAUCAGUGUGAUAACUGCCCUCUACAACAUAACCCUGACCAGACCGACUCAGACUCAGAUCUCAUUGGUGAUGAAUGUGACAGCAAUGAGGAUAUUGAUGAAGAUGGACACCAGAAUAAUCUGGACAACUGUCCAUAUGUUCCCAAUGCCAACCAAGCAGACCAUGAUAAGGAUGGAAAGGGUGAUGCAUGUGAUCACGAUGAUGACAAUGAUGGCAUCCCUGAUGACAAAGAUAACUGCAGGCUGGUUCCAAACCCUGACCAGAAAGAUACUAAUGGUGAUGGCCGUGGAGAUGCAUGCCAAUUUGACUUUGAUGACGAUAAAAUUCCGGACUCAGAAGAUGUUUGCCCAGAGAAUGUGGCGAUCAGCACAACAGACUUCCGUAAAUUCCAAAUGGUACCAUUGGAUCCCAAAGGAACAUCACAGAUUGAUCCUAACUGGGUUGUCAGACAUCAGGGCAAGGAGCUGGUACAGACUGUCAACUGUGACCCUGGUCUCGCUGUUGGUUUUGAUGAGUUUAGCGCCGUUGACUUUAGUGGCACAUUCUUCAUUAACACCGAGAGAGAUGAUGACUAUGCUGGCUUUGUUUUUGGCUACCAGUCAAGCAGCAGAUUUUAUGUGGUUAUGUGGAAGCAGAUUACUCAAACGUACUGGGACACAACACCCACUAAAGCCCAAGGCUAUUCAGGUCUCUCUAUCAAGGUUGUAAAUUCUACUAGUGGACCAGGAGAACAUCUACGCAAUGCUUUAUGGCACACUGGCAAUACUCCGGGACAGGUUCGCACCUUGUGGCAUGACCCUCGUCACAUAGGCUGGAAAGAUUUCACAGCUUAUAGGUGGCACCUGACCCACAGACCAAAGACUGGAUUCAUUAGAGUUGUAAUGCACGAAGGCAAGAAAGUCAUGGCUGACUCAGGAGCCAUCUAUGAUAAAACAUACGCAGGUGGAAGAUUAGGAUUGUUUGUCUUCUCUCAGGAAAUGGUGUUCUUUUCAGAUCUCAAAUAUGAGUGCAGAGACUCAUAAAACAAGAUGUUAUCCAUUCAGUGAAUGUUAACAAAACAACAUGGCACCUUCGGAAUUUUUAUAUGUAUACCAUCCCUUGGAUCGUUUUUUCAAUUUUUUUCCACUUUCAUGAAAUUUGAACAAAUGAUCUACUCCCAAGAAAUGAAAGACACCUCUGAGUCCUAACCUUGGACAAAAUAGGAUUUUUUUUGUUCUAAGUGGGAACUUUUUAGGGGUGAUUGCAGUUUCUGGCAGGCACAGAUCUAUCCUUAAAGUGCAUUUUAUUGACUUUCUAUUUCUAGUGCCUAAAUGGACUUUUCCUAGACAAUCUGCAGAACAAAAGGUAUUAGUAAAAAAAUACUGGAUAGACAAAUGAAAUACCCUUUACAAACAUGAACUCUGGAGCUCUUAGAAAUAAUACUAAGGGAAAUAUUGGAAGCAAAACAAAUAGAAUUUAUUGCUACUACUAUCAGUGAAAGAACCCGUUCCUGGCUUUUUUUUGUUUGUUUAAUAAAACAGCUGCUCUAUUACUAAAGAGAAGAGAUGCAAUACUUUAGAAAUGAAAAUUAUUCAAAGUUGCCUUCAGAGAAAUGGGACUUUUGUAUUAUGGGUGUGCUGUCUGCAGAUUUAGCUAAAAACAAAUGUUAUCCUUUAUUUAUAAAGCACCAAAUUUACAGUAGCAAUAUACAAAGUGGUACGAAUAUUUCAAUAUAACUUUUAAUAUAUAUAUAUAUAUAUAUAUAUAUAUAUAUAUAUAUAUAUAUAUAUAUAUAUAUAUAUAUAUAUAUAUAUAUAUAUAUAUAUAUAUAUAUAUAAAAUAUUUAUGCACAUCAGUGCAAAAGGAAGUUGAGGCCCAUACCUAUGGAUGCUUACAAUCUAGAGGAGAACGUUUGGGGAUGUGAGAAUAUUGCAGCAAGAGGCAGCAUUGUGAGUGUGUGUAGAUCCAGAUGUAUGAAGUCUAAUUAUAACGAUCACUGCCCAGAUACGAGUGGUCUGAAUUUUGAAUGUGUGAGAUGUAAGCAGUAUCUUUGACUAUUACAGACAUAACAUGCACUUGUUUAUAGCUUUAGCAAAAUUGUAUUUGCGCAUUAUUAUAUUGGAAACUUAUAGGUGCAACAGAAUUAUUAGCACUUGCGUGUGUGCAAAUUAUUGGACUUUGUGCUUAUCAUUUUUUUUUUAAAAAAAGCACAAACGCUGAAAUUUCAGUGACUCAAUAGCUGGUGACUGAUAAUUAUUGCUAAAAAAUUGAAAAUACAAAAGAAUCUAAAUUGAAAUAUAUUUAUUAUUGUUGGUCAUUAUACAAACGAGGCAGAGUAAAGCCAGAUAACUCCAGUCUUUUUUAAGUUAGGUUGUAUUUACAGUCUAUUUUAAUCCAGGCUAUGUUUAUGUGUGUUUCUUGAAGCCGAAACAGCUAAGCAAUGUUGGUCUUUCCUAAAGAACCGGAGGGGAGCAAGGCUAGAGGGGUGCAGACGAGGAACAGCAGACUGCCUGUGCUAGACUUUAAAUACAAAACACAUGUUUCUCAAUAGCCAUAUAUAGUGCCCUAAUUACAUUACGACAGGUAAACUGCUCCUUACUGGAAAAUAAGAUAAUAUACCAGCAAGUUUAACCUUCAAGUACAAAUAAUACCUCAUUUGUGUGACUGAGAAAUAAUGAUUUUAAAAGGAAAAAAAAUCUGGAUAUUUAACAAGCAUUUAAAAUCUACUGUAGUGUUAAUAAGUGCUGUAUAUAGUGAUAAUGACUGUGUAUCCCCAGGAAAGUAUUUUAAACUUUUUUUAAAAAAUAAAUAAAAAUAUUGUGAUAUUUUUUCUAUAUUUUAGUAUUUUUUCAUUGCUUUUUUGUAUAAAUGAUUUUUUUUUAUUUGUAUUGCCGUCUAGUGAUUAUGGGUAUUUUUUUAGAUAUGCUAUUUAAAUAAUUUAUCAGGAAAAGCUUCCUGUAGAGUUUCUGCUCCUAUUUGUACAAACUGUUUGCACUUGAAAGAGCUUUGCAAUAUAUGUUCCAUAUUUUGUUUAAAAUAUCAGUGUAUACUUUUUUUUUUUUUUUUUUAAUAAAGAGAAAAUGUCUUUUUUGUACACAUUUCAAUUGUUAAUUUCUUUUUUUAAAUAAUAUUGAUGUCAAUUGUACAGUUGUUACCUGUAAGAUUAAAUAAACCAUAUAAUAUAAAUACCUUA